UGUCAAUCACCCGCUCUCGGGGCGCCCGCCCGGGCGCCUGUGCCGCGGUGGGAAGGGGCGGGCGCUCGGGGCCGCCGCCGCUUCCCCUUCGCGUUGGGGUGCCGCCCCGGCCGGCCCCGCUUCGGAGCCCCGCGCCAGGGGCGGGGCAGGUCGGGAAGCAGUGCCUGGAGUUGAAGGGCCGAACGCCGAGCCUGUGUUCCGCUCUCCUGGGCUCCCUGAAUUCCUCUGAAGACUCGGAAAUAUUGCUGGUGUUGUGCAUUCUGGAAAUACGUUUUACUACAGAUACCACCAAGGCUUUGCAAACAAGAAGAGCAUGCUGCUGUUGACUCCUUACUGACAGUAACUAGCUGGGCAUUUCACUCAUGAUGUUUUCAUUCUCACCUUGUCCAAUUGGAAUUUGCUUAACUGAUUUUUAAAAAGAGGAAUAAAUCAAAGUGGAGUACCGUAAAUUUGACAUGGAAAAUAAAAAGAAAGAGAAAGACAAACCAGAUGAAAGAAUGGCACGGCCUAAUGGGAGAUCAGGCCAUAGUCCACGUGGAACUGGUACUUCAAAUUCUGGAGUGCUAAUGGUUGGCCCUAACUUCAGAGUUGGUAAAAAAAUUGGAUGCGGUAAUUUUGGAGAACUACGGCUAGGAAAAAAUUUGUACACAAAUGACUAUGUGGCAAUUAAGCUGGAGCCAAUGAAGUCGAGAGCACCACAGCUACAUUUGGAAUACAGAUUCUACAAGCAGCUAGGAUCUGGAGAUGGAAUACCUCAGGUUUAUUAUUUUGGCCCAUGUGGCAAAUAUAAUGCUAUGGUGCUAGAACUACUUGGACCUAGUCUGGAAGAUUUAUUUGACUUGUGUGGUAGGACAUUUUCUCUUAAAACCGUUCUUAUGAUAGCCAUACAGUUGAUUUCUCGUAUGGAAUAUGUCCAUUCAAAGAACUUGAUAUACAGAGAUGUAAAGCCUGAGAACUUCUUAAUCGGACGACCUGGAAUCAAAACCCAGCAAAUUAUUCACAUUAUAGACUUUGGUUUAGCAAAGGAGUAUGUAGAUCCAGAAACAAAGAAGCACAUACCAUAUCGAGAACACAAGAGCCUUACAGGAACAGCUAGAUACAUGAGUAUAAAUACACAUUUAGGAAAAGAGCAAAGUAGAAGAGAUGAUUUGGAAGCAUUGGGCCAUAUGUUUAUGUAUUUUCUCAGAGGAAGUCUUCCAUGGCAAGGUUUAAAGGCAGAUACAUUAAAGGAACGUUACCAGAAAAUUGGAGACACUAAACGAGCAACUCCUAUAGAAGUAUUGUGUGAAAACUUCCCAGAGGAAAUGGCUACUUACCUACGUUAUGUAAGAAGGUUAGAUUUUUUUGAAAAGCCAGACUACGACUACUUAAGAAAGCUGUUCACAGACUUACUUGAUCGGAAAGGCUACAUGUUUGAUUAUGAGUACGACUGGAUUGGCAAACAGUUGCCUACUCCAGUGGGUUCAAUACAUUCAGACCCUGCAAUGUCUUCAAACAGAGAAGCAUAUCAGCACAGAGACAGAAUGCAACAAUCCAAAAAUCAGUCAACAGACCAUAGGGCAGCUUGGGACUCACAGCAAACCAAUCAACAUCAUUUUAGGGCUCACCUGGCAUCUGACAGACACGGUGGCUCUGUACAGGUAGUAAGCUCAACAAAUGGAGAACUAAACACAGAUGAUCCAGCUGCUGGCCGUUCAAAUGCACCCAUCACAGCUCCUGCAGAAGCAGAAGUAAUGGAUGAAACAAACUGCCAGAAAGUGUUGAACAUGUGUUAUGUAACUCUCAGAGCAGUUCUGGCCUGCCUCUGCCCACUGCUACUUUUUCAGUGACUGAGCAACAGGGUGCCUUGGAUAUUUUGAGAAGGUGCUGCUGCUUAUUCAAGCGGAGGAAAAGGAAAACCGUCCAGCGCAACAAAUGACUAGAACCAAACAGAACACGGAAAAUGCUUAUUUGUUCAACUGUUGUCUUGUGAUCUUAAAACAACAACAAAACCCAAAGCAAAAACCUCCAUAAUAAACACAUUUUCUGAGGACUCUCUGAGAAACAAUAUCAUGCCUUUGUGCUUUGAUUUGGUUCCUCUGCAUCCAUCUUCUGUUUCUUUAAUUCAUCUGUUCUGAAAGCUUUAAGAUAUUGUCAAAUGGGAGUGCUUCUUUGACCAUCAACAUAUGGAACAAUGAAAUGAUAGAAAAUGAACAGUAUCCUGGGCAAAACAGAUCUUGAGAAGUAUUUCUUCUUUCCUAGGAAGCAGUAGCAGCGUCUUAGGUGAAGACAGGUGUCAUAAGUCAGUUUGUAGCAGUGUAUCUGAAGUAGUAUUCUUCAGAAAUGAAGAAGAAAAAUACAGCUACACAACCAUAAUGCAAAAUAAUAAAAUCUUAGGAUUUAUUUUAUGACACUUACAUUGUUUUUCUUCUUUUGCCUCAGUAUUACUGGUUAGUUAAAUUGUUACUCCAGUCAAAUUGCCACUGUCUAGAGAUACUGGGGAUGCUGAUUUAACUGUUGACAGUUGUCAGAAUGCUGGUGCUACUAACAGAAAGUAUUUCCAAUACCCUUUUCAUUUGAAAACCUGCUUUUUUUUUGCCUACAAUGAAUAUUGCAGUACAGUAGAAAUUAUGAGUGUUUGUGCAAGAAUACAAAUGUUUAUAAAAUUUAAGUUGUACAUCUAUAUUAAGAUCAAAUUACCUUCAAAAGAGCUCUACAGAGCAAAUAAUGAAUCUGGUUAAAGCAGAAUAAGUAUGAAAGCCUGUAUGUUCACUAAGGCAGUUGAUGAUUGACAGCAUCUUUAACUUGAAAAUAUGGAUGUGCCAUGUAAAGUUAGAGGUGUGCUAUUUUGCUCUUUAAUUUAGAAAAUAAAUGCAAUGCAAAUGAGUUAGA